AUGGAGGGAUCCCAAUCGGUGGCUGCGCGUCCGGGGGAAGAGGCAUCUUGCUCCUCCUGGAGGACCAGCCGUGCAAAUACAAAGUUAUCCAUCAUGCCAACAGAAUCUGUGGAGAUUGAUGAUGCAUUAUACAGUCGACAGAGGUAUGUCCUUGGAGACACAGCAAUGCAGAAGAUGGCCAAGUCCCAUGUUUUCUUAAGUGGUAUGGGCGGUCUUGGUUUGGAAAUUGCAAAGAAUCUUGUCCUUGCAGGGAUUAAGGCACUUACAAUUCAUGAUACAGAAAAAUGCCAAGCAUGGGAUCUAGGAACCAACUUCUUUCUCUGUGAAGAUGAUGUUGUUAAUAUAAGAAACAGGGCCGAAGCUGUACUUCAACAUAUUGCAGAAUUAAAUCCGUAUGUUCAUGUCACAUCAUCUUCUAUUCCUUUAAAUAAAACCACAGAUCUCUCCUUCUUAAAUAAAUACCAGUGUGUAGUUUUGACGGAGAUGAAACUUUCCUUGCAGAAGAAGAUCAAUAUCUUCUGCCGUUCUCAGUGCCCUCCAAUUAAGUUCAUCAGUGCAGAUGUACAUGGCAUUUGGUCACGGUUGUUUUGCGAUUUUGGUGAUGAAUUUGAAGUUUUAGAUACAACAGGAGAAGAACCAAAAGAAAUUUUCAUUUCAAAUAUAACGCAAGCUAAUCCUGGCAUUGUCACUUGCCUUGAAAAUCAUCCUCACAAACUUGAAACAGGACAGUUCGUAACAUUUCGAGAAAUUAAUGGAAUGACAGGCUUAAAUGGAUCCACACAACAAAUAACUGUGGUAUCACCAUUUUCUUUUAGCAUUGGUGAUACUACAGAACUGGAACCUUAUUUACAUGGAGGCAUAGCUAUUCAAGUUAAGACUACUAAAACAUUCUCCUUUGAAUCAUUAGAGGUACAACUAAAACAUCCAAAGUACCUUAUUGCGGAUUUUAGCAAACCUGAGGCACCUUUAGAGAUUCACUCUGCCAUGCUUGCCUUGGACCAGUUUCAGGAGACCUAUAGUCGCAAGCCAAAUAUUGGAUGCCAACAAGAUUCAGAAGAGUUGUUGAAACUAACAACAUCUAUAAGUGAAACCUUGGAAGAGAAGCCUGAAGUAAAUUAUGACAUCGUGCAUUGGCUUUCUUGGACUGCCCAAGGCUUUUUACCCCCACUUGCUGCAGCAGUAGGAGGUGUUGCUAGCCAAGAAGUACUGAAAGCUGUAACAGGAAAGUUUUCUCCUCUGUGCCAGUGGUUAUACAUUGAAGCAGCAGAUCUUGUCGAAUCCCUCAGCAAACCUGAACGAGAAGAAUUUCUCCCACGAGGAGAUAGAUAUGAUGCCUUACGAGCCUGCAUUGGAGACACUUUAUGUCAGAAGCUACAAAAUUUGAAUAUCUUUUUAGUAGGAUGUGGAGCCAUAGGCUGUGAAAUGUUAAAAAAUUUUGCUUUGCUUGGUGUUGGCACAGGCAAAGAGAAGGGAAUGAUUACAGUAACAGAUCCUGACUUGAUAGAAAAAUCCAACUUGAAUAGACAGUUCCUAUUUCGUCCUCAUCACAUACAGAAGCCUAAAAGCUAUACUGCUGCUGAUGCUACCCUGAAAAUAAAUCCUCAGUUAAAGAUAGAUGCACAUUUGAACAAAGUAUGUUCAGCCACUGAGGCGAUUUACAAUGAUGAGUUCUAUACUAAGCAGGAUAUAAUUAUUACAGCAUUAGAUAAUGUGGAAGCCAGGAGAUAUGUAGACAGCCGAUGCUUAGCGAAUCUACGGCCCCUCUUAGAUUCUGGGACGAUGGGCACCAAGGGGCACACCGAAGUCAUUGUACCUCAUUUAACCGAAUCCUACAAUAGUCAUCGGGAUCCCCCAGAAGAGGAGAUACCAUUUUGUACCCUAAAAUCCUUUCCAGCUGCUAUUGAACACACUAUACAAUGGGCAAGAGAUAAGUUUGAAAGUUCCUUUUCCUACAAGCCUUCAUUGUUUAACAAAUUUUGGCAAACUUAUCCAUCUGCAGAAGAAGUCUUACAGAAGAUACAAACUGGACACAGUUUGGAAGGCUGUUUUCAAGUGAUUAAGUUACUUAGCAGAAGACCUAGAAAUUGGCCCCAGUGUGUAGAAUUAGCAAGAUUAAAGUUUGAAAAAUAUUUUAACCAUAAGGCUCUUCAGCUGCUUCACUGUUUCCCUCUGGACACACAAUUAAAAGAUGGCAGUUUGUUUUGGCAGUCACCAAAGAGACCCCCCUCUCCAUUAAAAUUUGAUCUAAAUGAACCUUUGCACUUCAGUUUUCUUCUAAAUGCUGCAAAAUUAUAUGCUACAAUCUAUUGCAUUCCAUUUACAGAAGAGGACUUAUCAGCAGAUACCCUGUUGAGUAUUCUUUCCGAAGUAAAGAUUCAGGAAUUCAAACCCUCCGACAAGGUUGUUCAAACAGAUGAAACUGCGAGGAAACCAGACCAUGUUCCUGUGAGCAGUGAAGAUGAGAGGAAUGCUGUUUUCCAACUAGAAAAGGCUAUUUCAUCUAAUGAAGCUACCACAAGUGACCUUCAGAUGGCAGUGCUUUCAUUUGAAAAAGAUGAUGAUCAUAAUGGACACGUAGAUUUCAUCACAGCUGCAUCAAAUCUUCGUGCCAAAAUGUAUAGUAUUGAACCCGCUGACCGUUUGAAAACAAAGCGCAUAGCAGGUAGAAUUAUACCUGCUAUAGCAACAUCUACUGCUGCAGUUUCUGGCUUGGUUGCAUUGGAGAUGAUCAAAGUAGCUGGCGACUAUCCAUUUGAAGCUUACAAAAAUUGUUUUCUUAACUUAGCCAUUCCAAUCAUAGUGUUUACAGAGACAUCUGAAGUAAGAAAAACUGAGAUCAGAAAUGGAAUAUCAUUUACAAUUUGGGACAGAUGGACUAUACAUGGAAAAGAAGAUUUCACCCUCUUGGAUUUCAUAAAUGCAGUUAAAGAGAAGUAUGGAAUUGAGCCAACAAUGGUGGUACAGGGAGUCAAAAUGCUCUAUGUUCCUAUAAUGCCUGGUCAUGCAAAAAGAUUGAAGUUAACAAUGCAUAAACUUGUGAAACCUUCUGCUGAAAAGAAAUAUGUGGAUCUUACUGUGUCCUUUGCUCCAGAUGCUGAUGGAGAUGAAGAUUUACCUGGACCUCCAGUAAGAUACUACUUUAGCCAUGACACUGAUGAACAGAAGUUGUCUUAA